AUGGGAUCAAGUUGUAAAUCAAAACCAUAGCGUAAUAAUCAUAUUCAUUACAACACAUAAUUGUGUACCUUUGCACAACUAGAAAAACCAAUAGUGUAACAAUAUUCUGAAGAUGAAAUUGUAUAGGGUUCAAUUUCUUCAUGUGAUUACGAAAAAGAGAGAAGUGAUUCUAAAUCAAUAGUUUUGCGUUCUCCAGAUGUUUCUUUGAAUUCUCCAACCUAAAAUGAUUCAGCAGUAAUAUCAAGAUUGCACAUAACAUCGGAUGAUUUUGUAAAACUACGGAAUUAGAACUACUUAGAUUAUUAUUCGAAUGAGAAGUUAUUGGGAGUAGGCAGUUAUGGAAAAGUGUAUUUGUUGAGGAAUAAAUUUACAAGUAGAGUUAUGUUUAAUUUACUAGAUUAAUUGAGAGCAAUGAAAUAAUUGAAGAAAAAAUAGAGUUUAACUUCUAGGAAGUCUUUGAGAGAAAUGGAAAUAUUAGAGUAAUUGGAUCACCCUUUUAUAAUAAAGGCAUUGGAGGUAUAUUAGGAUGAGCAAAAUUACAAUAUGAUUAUUGAGUAAGAUAAAUAAAAAAUAUUAGAUUCAUAUCCGGAAUAGAUUUGUAAGAAGACAUUUCAAAUGGUAAAUUUCCAGAAGAAAAGGCAGCAAAGAUAAUGAAUCAGUUAUUAUUGACUAUAGGUUAUAUCCAUCAUUAAGGAGUGGUUCAUAGAGAUAUAAAACCAGAGAACAUAUUGUAUCAAUAUAAUAAUUGUUAUGAAUGGAUUAAACUAAUAGAUUUUGGAAUUUCUACUAAAAUAAAAAAAAAUAAAAAAUUGAGUUCUCAAUUGGGAUCCGUAAGCAUGAAUAUUAAUUAGAUGUACUUCAUGGCUCCAGAAAUAUUUUAGAAAGAUUAUGGUAAGUAAAUUGAUGUUUGGGCAUGUGGUGUGACUCUUUUUUAUAUGAUCCACAAACGUUAUCCUUUUAUGGGAAAAACAGAUCAAGAAAUGAGGAAUGCAAUUACAAAUGGUCAUUUCAUUACAGACUAAGAUAUUAGUCCAGAGUUGAAGAGUCUUUUGAGUAAGAUGUUGCAGGUGAACCCAAAUAAGAGAAUAACAGCUUAAUAAGCAUUGCAAGAGGAUUGGUUUGCUAAAUUUAAUUAGGGGUUUCAAUUAAAUUAAUCAGUAAAUAAAUAACUCUAAUUUAUAGGUUAUACAAAAAUUACUUAAUUAUCAUAGUACUUCUCUCUUUGAAGAACUGAUAUUUUCAUUAAUCACUUAUUAUGGAUAAAAUUCAGAUGACUCUGGGUAAGCCAUUUAAACAUUUUUAUGUUUGGAUCGAGAUUAGGAUGGAUUGAUUUCAAAAUAAGAAUUAAAAUAAACAAUUAAGAAUUACAAUAUAAAUAUUGAAAACUAAUCUAAACUUAUAGAUAUUUUAUUCUCUAGUCUCAAUAAAUCAUAAGAUGAUACAUUAACUUAUAAAGGUUUUAUUUUUAAAUAAUAAAUAGAAUUUUUAGCUGCUUCUGUGGCAAGUGAAAAAAUAUAGACUCGUAAAUGCCAGAAAUUAUGCUUUCAAUUAAUAGAUGCUGAUUAAGAUGGAAAAUUUUCAGAAUCUGAUUUUUGUCGUCUUAUGGGAAGAAAAUAAAUAAAUUUAUGGCAUCUGUUGAAUCCAACAGAUAAGUCUUACAUCACAGAAGAAGAAUUUUAUGGAAUGUUCAAAUAAUGA